AUGGUUGUAGGCUCCUUUUUAAUAGAGUUUUGGGUCGUUACACUGGUGUCUCAAGGUAGCAUUUUUGAACUUGGUUUCUUUACACCAGGUACUUCAAAUAACAUCUAUCUUGGCAUAUGGUAUAAAAAUAUUGCUAGUCAGACCAUAGUUUGGGUAGCUAACAGAGAACAAAAAUUGUCUGAAUUGAAUUCUUUAAGACUUGAAAUUUCUGAAGAUAAUGGAAAUUUUGUGUCACCAACGCCAAAAAACAUUGUAGCAGUGCUUCAAGAUAACGGAAAUUUUGUAGUUAGAGAUGUUACAAAUCCAUCUACAAUAUAUUGGCAGAGUUUUGGUCACCUAACAGAUACAUGGCUGCCCGGUGCAAAGCUUGGCAUCAAUAAACCGACUGGCAGAACUCAGGUCCUAACGUCGUGGAAAAAUUUUGAAGAUCCUACUCCUGGUAGGUUUUCAUUGGGGAUUGAUCCAGUUGAAAGAAAUCAAUAUUUUAUAGAGUGGAACAACUUGAAGAGGUAUUGGAGCAGUGGAGUUUGGAAUGGAGAUAUUUUCAAUUACAGUUUUAUAUCAAAUGAAAACGAAAGUUAUCUUACGUACAUUUCUUCUAAUAGUUCUAUAGCAAGAUUUGUCUUGGGUGAGGAUGGGCGAUUCCGGCAGCUAACAUGGUUGGCUGGCAGCUCAGAUUGGAAUUUAAGAUGGGCUGAACCUGGGCUACUAUCUCAGGUUUAUGCUUUUUGCGGGUCAUUUGGCAUCUUCCGGGGGAAUCUCUCGAUCCCCUUCUGUGAAUGUUUGCCAAAUUUUGAGCCAGUUUCAAUUGAAGACACAAAGCUAAAUGAUUGGUCAGGUGGUGGUGUGAGAAACGCUUCAUUGCAGUGCCAAAACAGCACUGAUAAGAUUUUAAAAAAUUCCGAACAUAACAACAAUACCAGAAAAUUCAAAACUUAUGCUUAUGUUAGUAAUGGCUGUUUAUUAUGGGAAGGGGAAUUACUCAAUCUACAACAACUCUCAUAUGAAAGCAACACUAAACAAGAUCUGUAUCUGAAACAAGCUGCUCCUGAUCAGCUUCCAAAAGCUGGAGGUGACAGGAAGAACAUGAGGGUGAUCAUAACAGUGCCGGUUUCUUUAGCCGCAGUGGCGGAGGGAACUUUGCUCUCAGGGGAUGAAGAUUCGAGUGAGGACUUGUUAUUAUUUGAUUUUAGUGCUAGUGCUGAUGCAGCUGCUGAGACAAACACUGGAAAUAAUCUAGGGAGAAGUGGGAAGGAUGUUGAGUUGCCAUUGUCUAGCUUUGCGAGUGUCUCUGCUGCAACCGGUUACUUCUCCGCGGCAAACAAGCUCGGAGAGGGAGGGUUUGGACCUGUUUACAAGGGUAAUUUACUCAAGGGGCAAGAACUAGCAGUCAAAAGACUUUCUGGAAGAUCUGGACAAGGGCUCCAGGAGUUCAAAAAUGAGACAGUACUGAUAGCCAAACUCCAGCAUCGAAAUCUUGUUAAACUCUUGGGUUGCUGCAUUGAACGGGAUGAAAACAUUUUAAUCUACGAAUAUAUGCCCAAUAAAAGUUUGGAUUUCUUCUUGUUUGAUCCAAACAAACAAGGGCUGUUGGAUUGGAGGACACGUACCCGCAUCAUUGAAGGAAUUGUUCAGGGACUUCUUUACCUACAUGAAUAUUCAAGGCUUCGUAUAAUUCAUAGGGAUCUAAAGGCUAAUAACAUUCUUCUGGAUUGCGAAAUGAACCCGAAAAUAUCAGAUUUUGGCAUGGCAAGAAUUUUUGGUGGUAAUAAAUCACAAGCAAACACAAACCGUAUUGUUGGAACUUAUGGAUAUAUGUCCCCUGAAUAUGCAAUGGAAUGUAUUUUCUCCAUCAAAUCUAACGUAUUUAGCUUUGGAGUAUUACUGCUUGAGAUCGUGAGUGGCAAAAAGAACACUGGUUUUUAUCACAGUGACUCUCUUUACCUCCUUGGAUAUGCAUGGGAGUUGUGGAGUGCUGAUAGAGUGGUGGAGUUGAUGGACCCAAAAUUGGGUAAUCCUCCUCCUGCUACUACAUUGUUGAGAUAUAUUAACAUAGGGCUUCUCUGUGUCCAAGGAAAUGCAAAUGAUAGACCUACCAUGUCUGACGUUGUCUCAAUGCUUACCAAUGAAUAUGCACCUCUACCAAUACCUAAGGAACCUGCAUUUUUUACUGGCCGGGGUGUGAUGAACACAAAUCCGUCACUUGGUAAUGCUAGAAACUGUUCAGUGAAUACUGCAACAGUUUCAGUGAUUGACGGCAGAUAACAAUUUCAUAUUCCAAGACAUUUUGUUUCAAAUAGAAAUCUUAAUCUGUUUGAUUGUUCUCUUA